ACCAAAUCAGAAAACUAAAACUAUUAAUUUUUAUUUGUUUCAGAACGGAUCAACGUCGUCAGCGCGCCCGUCGUUCAGGAUUGGAGCGCGUAGAAAAACGCGGCCUACCACGUUGUCAACACGGACCACCACCGCACAGCCGAGUGUUCGAAGAACGACUAAACCUGCACGCAGAAAACACCUCAAGCAGAGCACUAAGGCAUUAGAAAGUCAAGAAAAUCUCACCACACACCGACCAAGAACCGAUCCACGCUUCAAAUUUAUAUCGAGAAGACCAUCCACAAGACUGUUGCAAACAUUAAAACCGAUCGUUCCAGCAGAAAAUCCCGAUCAAAGUAUAGAAUCCAGCAACCAGCAAUCUCAUGAACAAGCCGGAGAAACUACUGGAUUAGGAAAUAUUGCUAUAGCUUUAUACGAUAUUCAACAAGCACCGGUGCCAAGUACUACAGGAAAACCUAAUCAGUCUUCUGUUAGGUAUUCUGUUGCCCCUGUUACUAGUACCACAAAGAGGACCACAAAAGUACCAUCAAGACAAAAUAGCAAAGUAAGAUUCACUACAACCACCCCAGUGAUAUACACAACACCAAAAUUCUUGCUAAAAAAGAAAAGACCUCAGGCAUUCGACAAAAUUAACCCUGGAGAUUCAAAUACAUUCCGCCCUCUUUCGGAAUACGAUUACUACGACGAUAACAUGGGAAUACUGGGACAAAUUCCAGAACACAGCAAAGUAUUGCUGCACAGCAACGGUGUCAUAGAAUGCCUGGACCAGGGCAAUUUUCCGCAUCCUGUGUCGUGUAAGAAGUUUAUUUCGUGUGCCAAAAUGGGAAAGAACGGAAAAGUUUUGGGAUGGGAGUACACUUGCCCCAAAAAUUUGAGUUUUGAUCCUAUUGGGGGAAUGUGCAAUUGGUCGGCUGGAUUAGGCUGCCAUGAACAAUAAGAAAUUAGUAAUAAUUUUGUAUUAAUUCAAUUUUUUUAGUUUAAAGAAUUUUUUAAUGCCAAUCAAUGUAAAAAACUUAAACACUUAAAUUUUAUAAACUUAAACCACCAUAAAUUUAUUAAAAGAUUUUAGCCACAAACUAAAUGUCUUAUGGACAUUACAUUUGAUUAAACAAUCCUACUUUAUAUAGGUAUAUAAGAGAUAAAUUAUAGCUCAAGUUUAAGCAUAAUUA